AUGACAUACACCAUCGAAACAUGUAGGGAUGAGAAGAAGCGGUUUGAGGGAACCAUUGUACGAUUCAACAAUGUAAUAGUAUUAUUGGACCCAGGAUGGAACGGUGAAGGCAGUUAUGAAGAAUGUGAAGAGUUUUGGACGCAGUACAUAUCUGAAGUUGACAUUGUUCUGAUUUCCCAGCCCACAAUUGAAUGCCUUGGGUCCUAUGCCAUGAUGUUUAAACAGUUUUUGCCUCAUUUUAGGUCGAGAAUUCAAGUUUAUGGGACGUUACCUGUAUCAAAUCUAGGCAGAGUCAACAGUGUUGACCUUUUAACUUCAGUUGGGAUAUUAGGACCGUUUUCUAAUGCCGUCAUGGACCUAGAAGAUAUUGAAAGCUCCUUUGACUUGAUUGAAACGGUGAAAUACUCUCAAACGGUGGAUUUAAAGAAUAAAUUCGAUGGGCUCUCAUUAGAAGCACAUAACUCAGGGUAUGCUCCCGGUGGUACCAUUUGGACGAUAAUCACUUCAUCAGAAAAAAUAUUGUAUGCGCCUCGUUGGAACCAUACAAGAGAUACUAUCUUGAAUAGUGCGGACCUAUUAGACAAUACUGGAAAUCCAACCAGUUCCAUGAUGCAUCCGACUUCUGUAAUAACCAACCUUUCUAUUAUAGGCUCAGCUGAACCUCAGAGGAAAAGAGUAGAACAUUUCACUGAUACCAUGAAAAGAGCUAUACAAAUGAAUAACUCUUUACUGGUACCAGUUGAAGUAGGAGGGAAACUAUUGGAAGUACUAGUCCUAGUUAACAAUUUCUUAUAUGAAAAUAUGAGGGGUGGAUUGAAGUAUGAUAUUCCGGUGUUUCUAAUAUCUUAUUCAAGGGGCCGUUCUCUCACAUAUGCUAAAUCUAUGUUAGAAUGGUUGUCCUCGCAAGUAAUCAAGACCUGGGAAUCUCGAGACAAUCGGUCUCCAUUCGAUGUUGUAUCUAGAUUGAGGAUUAUUACUCCUGAGGAAUUGGGAGGUUACACUGGGCAAAAGAUCUGUCUUGUUUCCGAAGUUGAUGAUAUUUUGUCACAAACGAUAAACAAACUUUGCUCUAAAGAUAAAGUAACGAUCAUAUUGACAGAGAGACAUCCAAAUACCCCAGCACAACAUCCCUUACGAAAACUUAAUGAUAAAUGGCAACAAGCAAUAAAGAAUGGGAGUAGAAGUGCAUUGGAUGGCAACCCCAUUAGCAUAUCUGAUUCGAUGUCACUUCGAAUCAUGAAGAGAACAAUUUUAAACAAGAAGGAUGCGGAGAAGGUGAGAGAAAUGAUUAAAACUAGAAAUGAGGUAAGAGAGAAAAUUAUCGAAGAAUAUACGGCUAAGACCAAUGACAAAGCUCAAACAAAAACAAUACUUUUUGAUGUUGAUGAUGAGAGUAGCGACGAAGAAGGUGUGGAUUCAAUGGAUGCAAGAGGCAAGAAUGGAUCGGGAAACGUUAAAGUGGAGAUUCCCGUAGAUAUUACUUCCAAUGAUAGUGUUUCCACAAAUGAAAAGCACCUUAUGUUCCCAUUCCAUCCAGCAAAGCUUAAAUCUGACGAUUACGGUGAUGUGGUCAACUUAAAGAGAUUCUUACCACAGGAAGAAUCAUAUGACCAAGCACAAUCUUUAAAGCAAUCUUAUAGUAAUAACGAUUAUGAUGAAGACGAUGACGAUGAUACAUAUGAGGUACUUGAUUCGCGGAUUAAUAAAUCAAAGAAAAGAAAAACAGAUCAUAAUCCUAGGAAACAAGAAAAUAAUGAUGAUAUUUCUUACUUGGACCCAUUGAAAAGUGACAUUUAUAAACGAGCAAUUGUGGAAACAAAAGUUAACAUUCGUUGUUCUUUGGUAUAUAUCGACUUGACAAGCAUAGUUAAUGCGCGGUCGAUAGCAAUCAUCUGGCCUGCAAUCAAACCAAGAAAAGUCAUUGUGCUGCCAUCAGCUGCUCCUGUUGAUAACCAAGUCGUGGUUAAUCUAACAAAGAGAAAUAUUGACAUAUUGGUGACUGAGUUCAAUAAUUCGGUUGAGAUGGAUACAUCUGUCAAGGCAAUUGAUAUUUCUAUCGAUCCAUCGCUCGACCAACUUCUAAACUGGCAAAGAAUCAGUAAAUCUUUCACUGUGGCACACGUUGUUGGUAAACUAUUGACAGAAACUGACCCAAAAGCCCCACAUCGGGAGAAGGUUAUAUUGAAACCGUUAAGCAACCCGUUAGCUUUACAUUCUGGAAGUUCUCUAAGAAUCGGAGAUGUUAGACUACCGGAAUUGAAAAGAAGACUAACUGCGGAAAAUCAUAAAGCUGAGUUCCAAGGUGAAGGUACACUAGUGAUUGAUGGCAAAGUUUUGGUUCGGAAGAUUAAUGAUGCCGAAACCAUAGUUGAUGGUUCACCAUCGGACGUAUUUUACAAGGUCAAAUCGGCAGUGUCAGACAUGCUAGCCAACGUUUAA